GUCAGGGCUUCGUGCACACGCUGCUGUACAAGACCGCAUCCCCUUCGGUCGUGCAGGCCGUCGAGGAGACCGGGGCGUCGCUGCCGACAGCUGUGCAGGUGGACCGCUGCAUCUGGAACCACCAGCACGACGGCCCUUGCAAGACUGGGGGCUGCCAGGCCAUCGUCAUGCUGCACAAGGACACGACUUGUGGUCCCAGUGCAAGAAGCGGAACGUGUCCGCGGGCACCUCCCGCCGGCUCGCCGAGCGGUUCCGGUGCUUCGAGGGCGUCCCGGGCGGCGGCGCCGCGGACGACGAGGCGGGAGACGGCGGGGGGGCAUAA